AUUAAACUGGGUCAUAGAUCAGAAGCUAAAGAUGGAAUCAACAGAACAGCCCUCAGGGAGAUCAAAUUGUUGCAGGAGUUAAGCCAUCAGAAUAUUAUUGGUCUUCUAGAUGCAUUUGGGCACAAGUCCAAUAUUAGUUUGGUGUUUGACUUCAUGGAAACGGAUCUCGAGGUUAUUAUAAAGGAUACCAGUAUUGUAUUGACACAGUCUCACAUCAAGGCAUAUAUGUUGAUGACGCUUCAAGGAUUAGAAUAUUUGCAUCAGCACUGGAUUCUGCACAGGGAUCUGAAGCCAAAUAAUUUGUUGUUAGAUGAAAAUGGGGUUUUAAAAUUGGCUGAUUUUGGCUUGGCAAAAUCUUUUGGAAGCCCAAACAGAGUUUAUACCCACCAGGUGGUAACAAGGUGGUACCGUGCCCCUGAACUACUGUUUGGUGCUAGAAUGUACGGUGUGGGUGUCGACAUGUGGGCUGUUGGUUGUAUUUUAGCUGAAUUGCUUCUCAGGGUUCCUUUUUUGCCUGGAGACUCUGAUCUUGACCAGCUGACACGGAUAUUUGAAACUCUGGGCACUCCAACGGAAGAACAAUGGCCUGGGAUGACUAGUCUUCCAGAUUAUGUCACAUUCAAGUCUUUCCCUGGAAUGCCAUUUCAACUUAUCUUCAGUGCAGCUGGUGAUGACUUGCUCAGUCUUCUGCAAGGCUUAUUUACAUUUAAUCCUUGCACUAGGCUUACGGCUACUCAGGCAUUGAAACAGAAGUAUUUCAGUAACCGGCCAGGACCCACUCCAGGAAAUCAGCUCCCAAGACCCAGCUGUCCAGCAGAAGCUGUAAAGGAGCAACAGACUGCACUUUUAAAUUUAAAAAGGAAAAGAAUAGAAGGAAUAGACCAAGGUAACCUCUUUAAUGUUUCAUCUGUUUUAAAGCAGGAGCUACAUGCUCAGAGAGAAAGUGAUACUUCCAGUGUUUCAGAACAAAAACUGUCUGAAUGGGCUAUAUCCCUGGGCACCAGCUGA